GCUGGAAGCAGACCUACGCUGGGCCAGAUGCUGCAAGGGAGGCGUCCUUGGGGGUCAAUCCCCAGGUCUGGGUGUCUUCCUCCUGGGAGAUUACUCAGCCUGAGCCCGGGAGCCAUGGAGGCCGCUCUGCUCCUGAACGUGGAGGGGGUCAAGAAAACCAUCCUGCACGGAGGGACUGGGGAGCUCCCAAACUUCAUCACGGGGUCCCGGGUGAUCUUUCAUUUCCGCACCACGAAAUGCGACGAGGAGCGGACGGUGAUCGACGACAGCAAGCGCGUGGGCCACCCCAUGCACAUCAUCAUCGGGAACAUGUUCAAGCUGGAGGUCUGGGAAGUGCUGCUGACAUCCAUGCGGGUUGGUGAGGUGGCCGAGUUCUGGUGUGACACCAUCCACACAGGGGUCUACCCCAUCCUGUCCCGGAGCCUGCGGCAGGUGGCGGAGGGCAAGGACCCCACGGAGUGGCACGUACACACGUGCGGGCUGGCCAACAUGUUCGCCUACCACACGCUGGGCUACGAGGACCUGGAUGAGCUACAGAAGGAGCCACAGCCUCUGAUCUUCGUGAUAGAGCUGCUGCAGGUGGAGGCCCCGAGCGAGUACCAGCGGGAGACGUGGAGCCUGAACAACCAGGAGAAGAUGCAGGCGGUGCCCAUCCUCCACGGAGAAGGGAACCGGCUCUUCAAGCUGGGCCGCUACGACGAAGCCUCCAGCAAGUACCAGGAGGCCAUCGUCUGCCUGAGGAACCUGCAGACCAAGGAGAAGCCCUGGGAGGUGCAGUGGCUGAAGCUGGAGAAGAUGGUCAACACCCUGAUCCUCAACUACUGCCAGUGUCUGCUCAAGAAGGAGGAGUACUACGAGGUGCUGGAGCACACGAGCGACAUCCUGCGGCUCCACCCAGGGAUCCUGAAGGCCUACUACGUGCGGGCCCGGGCUCACGCGGAGGUGUGGAAUGAGGCGGAGGCCAGAGCGGACCUUCAGAAGGUGCUGGAGCUGGAGCCGUCCAUGGGGAAGGCGGUGCGCAGGGAGCUGAGGCUUUUGGAAAACCGCCUGGAGGAGAAGCGGGAGGAAGAGCGGCUGCGCUGCCGGAACAUGCUGGGCUAGGGCGCGGAGCGGGCCUCCCCGGCCU